AUGGAAUUCCCCUCGUUUUCUUUGCAAAUCACUCCCAUUGAAGAAGAGUUUGAUUUCGGUGAUUGCUUCUCGAUCAUCUUCAAUUGCACCAAAAAAUUGAUCCAAAUUAUUGAAAGCUCAAAUCCAGGUGCCGAGGUUCAGUCUUGUUGUACUACAAGUACAGCCAGGGAAGCAAUAUUGGUUCCUUCAGAGAUCCUAUGUAGUGGUACUCCACUCACACACCUCAGCAGAGAAGACACAAUCUUGUUACAACAAAUCUGUUCUUCACUAAGUGUGUCCCCUCACCUAUUAGACCAAAUUUUAUCUAACAUAGUCCAAACUGCAAGAAGCUGUGACUCCAACACGCGGGAGAUUGUUGUCAACCUUCAUGUUACCUCCUACAAUGUUGUUCAAGAUUCUGAUGCUGAAUGCGCCAUUUGUUUGGAGAAGUUUGAACAUGGUAAUGAAGAUUCAAGCGUAGAAAUUGUUCGUACGAAUUGCAAGCAUGUUUUUCAUGAUCGCUGCUUGCUCCGCUGGCUCCGACGCUGUGCCAACUGUGAGUCGCCAUAUUCUUGCCCAUUGUGCCGCAGAAUCAUAUUUCAAAGAUGA